AUGUCAAUGCUGAAACCAUCGCAAGUAGGGCAGUUUCUUGCCUACAUUGGGGUGCCUCGGCAAUUUCACAAUGCCCCGCCGUCUCUUUCGCUUCUCAAAACAAUUCAUACCUAUAUGAUUUCCACUUGUCCUUAUGAGAAUCUUUCAAUACACUAUAACCAGUCGCAUUCCAUAUCUUUGGACCCUCAAUUCCUUUUCAACAAGAUUGUUACUAACAAUCGCGGUCGCGGUGGAUACUGUAUGGAACUGGCGAUUCUAUAUAACCACGUUCUUCGGGGACUAGGAUUUCAGGCCUAUACCGUCGGCGCCCGAACUCGGCGAAGAUUCCAAGGUGUACCCCAAGGAGACUACCCUGGAUGGGUGCAUAUUGUCAAUAUCGUCACCUUUCCCGACCAAGACGUGGCGCCGACGGAGCCCAAGCAAUAUGCCGUCGACGUGGCUUUUGGCGGUGACGGGCCGACAGCGCCCUUGCCCUUGAUCUCGGGCACAAUCCACCAGAACCUGGGUACCCAACAAGUGCGCCUCCUGCGCGACUGGAUUCCUACCCAAGUACACAGAACCGAGGAGUCCAAGCUUUGGAUCUACCAAUACCGCAACAGCGCAGAUGCCGAAUGGAACUCGUACUAUGCGUUUACCGAGACGGAAUUCAUGGCAGCGGACUGGGAAGUGGUCAAUCACUGGGCGUCAUGCAGCCCAAACAGCCACCAGACAUGGACAGCCCUAGUGGUAAAGUUCUUGCGAAGGCCUGCUCAUGACGGGGCCGACCAAGAUGCCCAGGAGGAGAUCUAUGGAAAGCGGACGUUGUUCAACGGAGUCAUCAAGGAAAACCUAGGAGGUCGCUCACGACUGGUGGUCGAGUGCAAGACCGAGGCAGAGCGUAUUGAAGCACUGGAAAAGUACUUUGGCCUCCGGCUCACAGAGGAGGAAGUGCUCGGUAUCACAGGUUGGGCCACGGAUCUCAACAGCAAGGGCGAGCUAUAA